CACAGACACAUACACUGUCAGUUGAAUCUGACCUAAAAGGCAGCAGCCAUGCAGCGUCGUUGCAGGAAGGUGACUGAAUGUCAGCAGGUGAAAUUGAAGUUUGCAGAGCAAGUUCGCAAACUUCUUCUAAAGCAUCACCAAAGCACUGAGCUACUGCAGGACAUCAGGUCCUUCAGUAAACAGCGGGCAUCUAUCGAGAGAGACUAUGGUCAGGCGUUACAAAAGUUGGCGUCGCAGUUCCAGAGGAGAGACUGGCAGAAAGGAAUGUCUGAAGCUCAUAUUUCUGGUGUUUCUGGGGUGUGGUGCUCUCUGCUGGAUGCAACAGCAAAGUCUGCAGCAUCUCAUCUGGCAGCUGCAGGAGAUUACCGGCAAAUGAAUGAACACAUUUGCAACACUCUUCACAAUGCCAAGGACACGCAGGUCAAAAGGAGUCUGAAGGAGCUGCAGAAUGAACAGGACGAAGUAAUGGCUGCUCUAAAGGAGCUCAAUGGAAUCAAGAAGCAAUACCAACAACUCUCUCACAUAGCCAAUGUUGCUCGAGAAAAAGCUGCUGAUUCACAGAGGAGAGCAAGAAAAAAUGAAAGUGGGAGUUUCAACUUUCAAUCUGGACAAAAUAAAAUGGCGUCAAAGCUGUGUUCCAGGUCGAAAGAGUGCGACAAACUCCUGAUUGAAGUUCGUAAUGAAUACUUACUGACUUUGGCAGCAAUGAACACCCAUGAGCGCCACUAUUACACUGAAGGCUUGCCACGCAUGAUGCAGCAAAUCAAUAGUGACAUCUUCGACAGUAUAACUAGGCAUUUCUCACUGCUGUGUGAGACAGAGAUGGAGAUGUGCCUGACGACACACAAAAACUACCGCAGCGCGUGGGAUGGAGUUCUAAAGUUAGCCAGAGAGACAAACAUGCAACAGUUUCUACGAGACUCAGAUUCAUUCAAGAGGACGACAGAAUACACAUUUCAGCCCACACCGCAGGACCAGGUGUGUGUUCUUCAAGACAUCUGUGGUCCAGCAGAGGAUAGCUGGCUGAAUAAGGAGGCCAAGAAGUGGGUGGCUCAAGCUUCACAUGACUACAAGAUGGCUGCACAAGCAGAGAAAGUUUUGGAGACGCUGACAAGUCGAGCAAAGAUUCUGACCGGAGAUGCUGGACGCAAAGUUCAACAGCAGAUUGCAGACGUUCAGAGCAGUAUCAGAAAAAACACACUGAGCAGAGUGAAGGCUGAGGCCCGACUGGCUCUGUUGGCGCAAAGAGUCGAGGGAACGGAACUAUGGAUUGACCUUGCCAUGACACAAGCUGAGCAGGAUCUGGAGAGAGAUGAGCGGUUCAGCGAGAGGACCAAGUCUACGGAAGAGUUUUCAGAGGACGAGCUUGAUCUGAUAUACUUUGUGGAGGAGGACGAUGAGAAGGGAACCAUCUUCAGCGACCCAGCCUUGACAUCAAUAUUGUGUCUUUGUCCUGCAGUGGGCCGAGUGACAUGCAGCUAUGAGGCACCUGGAAGUUCAGAGCCUCACUGGAUAUUUUCUCUCAGGGUGAUGCAUGUGAUGAUGGGAGGAAAGUCUUAUGAUGAGCAUUCAAACAUGGAAGGGGAGGAACUUCAAGGCAAUGAGAAUGGGGAAAUGGAAGACUGGCUCAAGGCCUGUAAUUCCACUCUUUGCCUGCCAACUGAGGACCUGUCCCUGCUGGAUACAUCACCUUGUUUGUCCAAAAUAGCUGAACAAAAGGGAGCAGUGAAACAAGAUGCUGCCAGAGCUUUGUCCUUCUACCAGGCUCAAAGUGCAGAGGAACUGUCCUUCCACGAGGGGGCGCUAAUCCAAAUAACCCAAGAGGUGGCAGAAAAUAGGUGCUUGGAGCGAGAGAUCGGCGUCAUCCCACCAGUACUGGUUGGGAUGAUUUGUGAUGAAGAACAAGAGGAAGUGGAGGAUGCAGGACAGCUUCCCUGUAACCCUCUGACUUUGAGAUCCACCGACCUGGAUGAAGAGAGGACACUUGCGACUGAACCUACUAGUGUUCCAGAUAAACAGGAAGAUUCUGGCGAAAGCGGCCACUACUCACCAGCUGCCUGUGGAAGUCGUCUGAGACCUUGCCGACCACCACCACCACCUCCUCCUCUGAACCGGGCACAGUCUUCUCAUCCGGGGACAAAGAGCAAAACUUGA